UAAUCAUUUCGCUGAUUAAUCGUUUAAAAUUCAUAAAAUUAUAUUUGAAGUCUUUAGAAAUGUAAUAUUAAAAAAUCGGCCAGAUUAGUACCUUAUUCUUCAGUGAGAUAAAUGCGAACUACAGAAAUUCGAAACUAAUGUUGGCUGUUCUAUUUUCCUCCUGCGCUUAGUGAGUGUAAACACACACAUGCCGAAAGGUUCGUAGACGGAUGGAGUGAAAUACCUUUCUUUUUCGUUGAGGAUUUAUUCUUUGAAAUAUGUAAAGGAUAUUAUGGACAAUGUUUCGGAGAGUAAAUUUUGGAUUUUUUGUUUAUAGUUAACAAUCCCAGACUCGUUUUUGUUUCAAUAAUCAGCGAAAUAUUCCAACAAGCAGUGGAUAGUGAUUCCAACUUCACAGAAAAUGGCCGACAUUCGAAGACAAGGGGUCGUUGAGAUUUGGUUAACAUUAUGUGUAUUUCUCAUUUUAUUUGUUUUUGGGCAUUGUACUCUUGAUUUAGCCUGUAUAGAAGUUAAAAAGGCAUACACGGAAAGGGGUUUAAAUGAAAAUGAAGUUCCUAUCCAAGCUAUUUCGGGGAAUCAUUUAGAAGUGUGUCCUCAAGCUUCCACCUGUUGUACGAGAGACAUGGAGUCCAAGCUUAAAGCUCUUAGUGCCAGGGAAUAUUCUAAAUAUAUAGGAGAUGCAUUCAGAUAUGCCAAAAAUACAUUUGUUACAAGAACUAGAAAAUUUGAUGAAUUCUUCACAGCCCUUUUAGACAAAUCAAAAACGGACUUGCAUACAAUGUUUGUGAAGACAUAUGGAUUACUUUACCAGCAAAAUUCACAUGUAUUUACAAGUUUAUUUCAAGACUUGCGGAGUUAUUAUAAGGGCAAAGACAUGAGCUUAACCAGUGCUCUUGACAAUUUCUUCAAAAGAUUGUUUAGCAAAAUGUUUGAGUUGCUAUCUGUUCCACACACAUUUUCGGAUCAUUACUUAGAAUGUGUGACAAGUCAGAUGAAGAAUUUGAAGCCAUUCGGGGAUGUUCCGGGAAAACUUUCCACGCAGGUCAAAAGGUCAUUUGUUGCUGCUCGUACCUUUGUUCAGGGUCUUGCCAUUGGACGGGAUGUGAUCAUGGAAGUUUUAAAGAUUCCUCCGACAGAAGCUUGUAACAAGGCUCUGAUGAAGAUGAUGUAUUGUCCACACUGUCGAGGACUGACUCAGACUAAACCCUGCAAUAACUACUGUCUGAACACAAUGAAGGGAUGCCUGGCCUACCACUCUGAGCUCAAUGCAGUCUGGAAUGAUUACAUCGAGGCUAUGAAACAGUUGGCAAGCCGGCUUGAGGGCCCCUUCAACAUUGAGUCUGUAGUGGACCCAAUAGAUGUUAAAAUAUCUGAUGCCAUAAUGACGCUUCAGGAGAACAGCACGAAUGUCAAACAACAGGUUCACAAUGGAUGUGGACGUCCCAAUCCUCAAAACAUCAAACAUAAACGGGAGGCCAGUAACCCACCCCUGGCAGCCCAGCCCAUCCUACCGGUCAGUAAAGACCCUGGGUCCCUGGGUCACUACGACGAGUUUUCUCUCGGCAAGUACUCAGGACCAGGUGACCAGCAGAGGUCAGUCAAACCAACGACGGCAGCGGGAACCAGUUUAGAUCGUUUGGUGAAGGACAUCAAGGAAAAGGUGCGGGUCGCCAAGGAUUUCUGGGUACAGCUCCCAUACACCGUCUGUAACAACGACCAGAUUGCGGCACAGCCAGGGAAUGAUACCGACUGCUGGAACGGCAAAGAUAGAGCCCGGUAUGAUAGUGUUGUACAGAAAGAUGGCAUGAUGUAUCAGAUCAACAAUCCUGAGGUGGAAGUUGAUGUUAAUGAGGCGAACUACAUCAUAGAACAACAGAAGAUACAACUCAAGAUCAUCACAGGCAAACUCAACAACGCCUUCAAAGGGGAGGAGGUCACGUGGGUCAAAACAGCAGAAAUCCCCGACAUAUAUGGUACAGGAUAUGAUUUGGGUAGUGGUGAUGAUCUGUACAGCGGUAGCGGUGACCACCACUUUGAGGGUUCGGGAGCGGGAAGUGGACACCACAUCGGUAGCAGUGGUGACGGAUCCAUCGGAGACGAUGAGGACUUUAACCCUAAACCUACACAUAAUCGUGGCCAUGGCAACAUGGACAACUUCAGACCGCCGCAAACAGUGGGAAGUGGAGACGACCAUCCUAAUCGGUAUAACCCUCCGUAUACCGGGGGUGUUAACCCUCCUGUCAAUAAGCCAGGGGGACAGGAUCCUACAUAUAAUGUUAGGAAAUUCACCCCCAGGCCACCACCUUCUAAAGGUCCAGAAGAUCGAAGUGCGGGAGUCAGUCCAUCCGUGUCAUGGUGGUGCUUAUCCAUUGUGCUCAUUUUCCUCAAGAGUGUGCAGAUCGUUAUGGAAUAAAAACAGAUUCCUUCAAAAUGCACAUGUGAUUAAGAUUGUACAAGAAAUAAUUCAUUGUAUAGGUUGUGUAUAUUUAUAUUAUGAUAAUAUGCAUACUCACAUAUAAAUGUAUUACAAAUCAGAGAGGAGGAAAAAAAAUUGAAAAUUAUUUGUUUCAUUUAAUGUUUAAUGUCCAGGUGUGAUACCUACUAUUCCCACAUGUGCAUAUGCAUUUACUUGGCAAAUGUGAUAAAUUCUUGUACAAAACUUUCUAGAAUGGAGAGACCAUGUAGAUGGUCGGGUGCCAUAUGUUUUCUUCAAACGAACUAUUAAAAUUCAUAUGAACUGAACUGCAAAAGUGUUUGAAGAAUGAAACACAAUUCGUAGUGACCAUUUAGUUGUCUGAGCACACCUAGUUGGACUGUACAGACAGUUGUAUGUGCUGUACUGUGAAGAGAGGAGUGUAUAAUGUGAUUUCAUCAGUGAUAUAUCAUCUGAGGCCAAAGACACAUGAAUUGACCCUGGCUGUCCUCCCGGCAGCUGACUUAACAUCAAGUGCUAAUAUAGAUAUGGGUAAACCUGGCAAAUCAAUGGCUACAGUCUUAAGUAUUUCUAUAAAAGACUGUGACCCUUUAUGAUUGUGUAGGAAAAAUGCCUGAUUUGCAAAGAAAUGAUUUUUUUUUUUUUUUUUUAUAAUUCAUGUGUAGAUUGUGUGUACAUAUUGUAUAACUUUUUCAUGUUGAUAUUGAAGUAUUUUUAGUGUUUUUAACUGAUUGCAUGUUUAUGACUGAUUGAUAAUAACAAGCCAGGACAGCAAAUUGUUAAAUCAUGGAAAUCAAAAAUAAAAUGCAAUGUUACUGUCAUCUUUUUCAGUAUUUCAGUUGACCAUUUUUUUUAAAGUAAGGAAAAUUGUGUAAAUUAUUUUAAUGCCGUAAUACACAACUAAAAACCUCAUAUAUACUGUAGCAAUGUUUAUAUUAUUUUUCCUUUGACUGUCAGAGUGCACUUGUACUGAUAAAUUCAAUUUUCCAUACCAGAAAUGGAAGCAGUCUUAACUGAUAUUCUACAGCAUGUUUUUAUUUAGCUCAGGGUUUUCUAGCUAUUUCUCGUUUCUCAUGCAGCAUUCAUUUUGUUUUCUUGAUUUAUUUUCUACAUACUUAAAGGUACUUAAAUGAUUUUAACUUGAGCAUUUUAAAAUUCCAUUUGAUAAGGAUGAUUUAUAGUUUUUAUAACAGUUUUUACUACACUUAAAACAAAAUCAAAAAUGAUGAUCUAAACACAAUAAUGAUUUUGUGUAAUGUGAUAUAUUAAAAAAUCUCUGCUCGAUUUUACUUUCAAUUUGUAAUAUGUACAUAAUGAAUCUUUGUACAGAUUUUUUUUUUUAAAGAAAGUCAAUCAGUGCUCUGAUUUUUGUGUUAAUUUAUUCAAGCUUUGUACAUUUUGCUGUCCACCCAUACUAGAUUAUAGAUGAUUUGAGACUUGCGUCUUUGAGUUUUAUCCUACAGUAUACCCAUGUACAUUACUGUAUGUGAUUAUCUGGACAUGAUGUUAAUUACACACCAAAGAAUUGUUUUAUACAUCUCCUACACAUGUAGCCAUAUAUUGUUAGCAUACCCAGAGAGAAAAAAAAGAAAUGUAAUCUUUAUCCAUCUUCAAUAUUGGACAUAUCUUUCAACAAAGUUGUGUUUUAUAUAUAUGUAUGUAAUUUUAUCACAUCAAGGUGCUGUGGUCAUUUUUCACCAUUUUUUCCCGUUGUAUACCUCGUGUGAAGCUUUUAGGAGUAGAAUGGACUGGGCACUGAAGGCAUUGAGAUAGCCUCACCUCUUGACCACUAGAAAACAUCUACCCACCUUAUCAAAUCGAGUGCCUUCCUCAAUCCCAGUUAUUAGACUAUAGCAAUGUCGCUGUGUCAUUUUCUACCUAUUUUUGCAUAUAAUCCAUAACUACUAAGUUUGGAAUUCACAGAUGUUAAUUUUUUAUACCAAAUUAUUUCUUUGAAGAUGUAUAACAAUUAUAAAUUAUAUUCUAUUUCGUUAAAUACAGGUUCUGUUAUGUAAAGGAUAGAAGUACCGUAAGUUAAUACAGCAUUAGGAUUUUUGUUAACAAGAAAUCCAGUGAUGCCAUGUGUGGCAUAUUUUUUUCUUGUCUCUGUGUAUUUUUAAGGUUAUGACUUUUUUUUUUUGCUUUGGGACUGGCUUUAUUCCUUAAAAAUAUCCCUGUUUAUGAAGUUUAUUUUUACAUUGAAAUUUAUGAUUAAGUUAAACAGUUUACAGGAAGUUUACUGGCCUUUUAAUAUUUACUGCAAGUUAGCUUGAAUAGACAAAGUGAAAAAUUUUGAAGUUUUAAGUUUGCUACUUUUACCAUAUUUUAAAAUGUUGGUACAUUUUAAACGCUACAAUUUUACAGCAAAAUGUUUGCACAGCCAGCUGAAGUUUGUGUUGCUUUCAUUGUCAUUUUCAUCUCUAUUAUUGCCUUUCAUCAAAUCAUUUCUCUGUUGCAGACAUUUUAGUAGCAUUGUCAAUGUUUUUGUUCUUUGAUAGUAUCAUACAAAAUUAUUUUACUGGAAUAAAAACUGUAUACAUAAAAAACA